AUCAAUCUGCCGAAGCAACGAAGAAGAAGAAGAAGAACAUUGGAAAAGCCCUCUCAGAGUCCCAACCAAGAAAGCAUCAAUGGAGCCUGGUAGGCAGUCAUAGCCAUUCCCACAAUAACGUAAACAUCUCAUCCUCUUCUGUCGUUUUCUAGACUCGUCCGCGUCAGCACUGCGAACCGAUAUGGCUGUCACAUCACAUCCAAAUCCUCCUCCUGACUCCAUUCCGAAUCCCGAUGCCCACGUAUGGCGUUUCUCCAUUAAUCAAUUUAUAUAUAUAUUUCGAUCACAGCGUUGAAUUGAAUUUCAUACCAUUUGAUUCGCGCACGCGUUUCCUAUAUAUCCAAAACUUCGAUUGCUUGAAGCAAUCGCCUGCUGCCCUUUUUGAUCGAAUUGGUUGCAUCUACAGCUGAUUUUGAGGGUUAAUCGGCGGGGGAGAAUUUUCGGGAGUUUAAUUGGUACUCAAUUGCGUGCCCUAGCUUUUCCCCCUUUUCGAUUUCUAGGGUUUAUUCUGGAAUAUACAUUUUCUUGCUUAGUUAGGGUAAAAUUCUUGCAAUUAAGCUAUUGCUUGCUGCUUAGUUUGAAAUCUCUGGUGAAUUUGCUGCUCCAUUGAUGGUAGAAGAAAGAAUCUCUGUUGAUUCUGGUUUUGAUCCAUAGCUGCUAGCUUGUUCUUGUUUAGUCAGUUAUACAUACACAUAUAUAUAUUGUUGAGAUAGGAAUAGUUUCUGUUGAUUCUGAUUUUGAUCCAUAGCUGCUAGCUUGUUCUUGUUAGGUCAGUUCUCUCUCUCUCUCUCUCUCUCUCUCUCUCUCUCUCUCUCUCUCUCUCUAGAUAUAUAUAUAUAUAUAUAUUGUUGAGAUUGUUGGAUUGAGGUGAAGGCCGCCAUGGAUAUAAGCAAUGAGGCUAGCGUUGAUUCAUUCUCAAUAGGGCCAUCGUCGCUUUUCGGCCGUACGAUCGCCUUCCGGGUUUUGUUCUGUAAAUCGAUGUCGCAUUUGAGGCAUCAGAUCAUAGGGAUGUUGUUAAUAUGCUUGUCGAAAUUCCGGGGAAUCUUCCGGAGCUACAUAUCUCCGGUGAUCUCGUGGUUCCAUCCCCGGAAUCCGCAGGGGAUUCUCGUGAUGAUGACGGGGAUCGCCUUCUUGUUAAAGCGUUACACGAAUGUGAAAACGAGGGCCGAAAUGGCGUAUAGGCGAAAGUUUUGGAGGAACAUGAUGAGGGCAGCUUUGACGUACGAAGAAUGGGCACACGCCGCCAAAAUGCUCGAUAAAGAGACUCAUAAGAUGAACGAAUCCGAUCUCUACGACGUCGAGCUCGUAAGAAAUAAGUUGCAAGAGCUUCGGCACCGUCGGCAGGAGGGUUCGCUUAGGGACAUCAUAUUCUGUAUGAGGGCCGAUCUUGUUCGGAAUUUGGGCAACAUGUGUAAUCCUGAGCUCCACAAGGGUCGACUUCAGGUGCCGAAGCUUAUAAAAGAGUACAUCGACGAGGUCACGACACAGCUAAAAAUGGUUUGCGACUCCGACUCGGAGGAGCUCUUGUUAGAGGAAAAGCUCGCGUUCAUGCACGAGACGCGGCACGCCUUCGGUAGGACGGCGCUGCUGCUGAGUGGCGGCGCGUCGUUGGGAGCCUUCCAUGUCGGCGUCGUGAAAACUUUGGUCGAACACAAGCUCUUGCCGCGGAUCAUCGCGGGAUCGAGCGUCGGCUCGAUAAUGUGUUCGGUCGUUGCCACACGGUCGUGGCCCGAGCUUCAGAGCUUCUUCGAGGAUUCGUGGCAUUCGAUCCAGUUCUUCGAUCAGAUGGGCGGGAUUUUCACCGUGUUCAAGAGGGUCAUGACGCAAGGCGCCGUGCACGACAUCCGACAGCUCCAAGUCAUGCUCCGACAUCUAACGAGUAAUCUAACUUUUCAGGAAGCGUACGAUAUGACGGGCAGGAUCUUAGGGAUCACGGUAUGCUCACCGCGGAAGCACGAGCCGCCUCGAUGCCUUAAUUACUUGACAUCACCUCAUGUCGUCAUAUGGAGUGCGGUGACGGCUUCAUGCGCGUUUCCGGGCCUGUUCGAAGCUCAGGAGCUUAUGGCGAAGGACAGGAGCGGCGAAAUCGUGCCGUACCAUCCGCCGUUUCAUUUGGGGCCUGAAGAGGUCUCGAGCACUUCGGCGCGACGGUGGAGAGACGGGAGCCUCGAGAUCGACUUGCCGAUGGCGCAGCUGAAGGAACUCUUUAAUGUCAACCAUUUUAUCGUGAGCCAAGCGAAUCCGCACAUCGUGCCGUUGCUGAGAUUGAAGGAGAUCGUUCGAGCUUACGGAGGCAACUUCGCCGCAAAGCUUGCUCAAUUAACUGAAAUGGAGGUAAAGCAUCGAUGUAAUCAAAUAUUGGAGCUCGGUUUUCCGAUGGGCGGACUUGCUCAACUUUUCGCCCAGGAUUGGGAAGGCGAUGUCACUGUCGUAAUGCCGGCUACUUUAGCUCAGAUAUCGAAGAUAAUUCAAAACCCAUCGUAUACCGAGCUUCAGAAAGCGGCGAACCAGGGAAGAAGAUGUACGUGGGAGAAGCUGUCGACGAUAAAAGCCAAUUGUGGAAUCGAGCUUGCGUUGGACGAGUGCGUCGCGAUCCUCAACCAUAUGCGCCGACUGAAGCGGAGCGCGGAGCGGGCAGCUGCCGCCUCUCAGGGCAACCUCUCGACCGCCACCCGAUUCAACGCGUCAAAACGAAUCCCGUCAUGGAACGUCAUCGCCCGCGAGAACUCCACCGGGUCUCUCGAGGAAGAUCUCCUCGCCGCCGCCGACGUCGCCGCCAAUCUCCACUCGAAGAACGUGCGCGGAUACCGGUCGACGACUCACGACGGAAGCGACAGCGAGGCCGAGAGCGUCGAUGUGAACAAUUGGACGAGAUCGGGAGGGCCUUUGAUGCGGACAACCUCGGCCGAUAAAUUCAUCGACUUCGUACAAGGUUUGGACCGAGGAAUUCUAGGCCAGUCGAGCAAUGUCACGAACCAGACAACGACCAUGAUUACAACAACAACGACGACAACGACAACGGGUAACCCGAGCAGCAUUGUGGUGGCGGAAGGCGAGUUAUUGCAACCCGAGCGGGUGCGGAAUGCGAUCGUUUUGAACGUCGUGAGGAAGGAAGCUGUCGGGGCGGUGACGGGCAACGGGGUUCCCGACUCGGAGAACGAUCCCGACUCGUUUGCGGAGAGCGUGCAGCUCGACUCCCCGGAAAAGGACAUGGACGCAUCGGAGAGUGACGACGAUCUUUCCGGCGAUGCGGGUCCUGUCGCGAAACCGUGGUCGAUCGGCGACGAAGUUUGCGACAAGUAUGUAACAACGGACUGUUGAAAAUUAUCCGUUGUUACGGAUGCCCGUUCCGUUGUUAAGGAUGGGUAAAAAGAUGAUGACCGAAAUCCGAAUAGGGACGGGAGAAGGCGUGCCGGGCACGUGAUGUUUUUUUUUUAUUAUUAUUAUUUUUUAAAAAAAAGGAAUUUCUGGGCAAUUGAGGUUGGAAAACUUUUAAGGCAAGUUGGUUUGUGUAGGGCAUCCAAAAUUAGAAAGUGAGGGAUGAUAGAAUCCCCACUUUAAACUUGGAAGCCAUCUCAUUAUUAUUAAGAUGGCAAUGUGUUGGUUCAUCUCAUAAUCUCCAUUUUUCUAUUUUAA